AUGUCCUCCUUCGACUCGCUGCAGGAACGCCUGACGGCGCUGCAGGAGACGACGGCGCAGGCGAGGGAGCUUAUCGACCGACUGGCCAGCCUAAAGUUCCAACCUGGCUCCGUGCCGCUCACCGCCGGGGAAGGCCCUGGCGAGGACGACGACGGUGUUGCGGCGGAACUGAGCGGCGAGAUCGGGAACAUGCUGCGCGACGAGGACGAGGACCUGGAGCUCCUGGCCGAGGAGAUCACAGACCUGCGCGGCGGCAGCGGCGGCAGCGACGCCGCACGGCAGAAGGAGAGGCUGCGGGAGGGCGUGGCCAGGCUGGAAGGGGAGGUCAAGCGCUGCCGCGCCUCAUUCCACAGGGCGCAGCUCACGGCGAGGCGCUCCCUCGAGGCGGCGCGGCGCCUCGAGCGCGAGCUGUUGUUACGGUCCUACACACGGGCGGCCUCGACGCCCACCCGGUCAGGCGCCAACUCGCCAGCGCCGCCGGCAAUCCCCGCCCCGCGGCGACGCCAGACGCACAAGACCACGCCGGGCUACGGCGACCCGCUGGUGGCCGCGUCGUCGGACCUGACCGUGUCGCUGCGGCGGGCGCACCAGGCCGUCACGGACGAGCUGUCGCGCAGCAUCGCGGUGCACGAGGCCCUGCACGAGUCAACCCUCAAGAUGAAGGCCCUGGGGUCCAACUACUCGCGCAUGGACGACAUGUUGCGGUCAAGCCGUGACCUGGUCGGCGUGCUGCUCAAGAGCACCAAGACCGACACCUGGUACCUGCAGACCACCUUCUACAUGCUACUCGCCACCCUGUCGUGGCUGGUGUUCCGCCGCUUCAUGUACGGCCCCCUGUGGUGGCUCGUCUGGCUCCCCGUGCGCCUUGUGUUUCGCUCCGGCUCCGCCGCCGUGGGCCUGGUCGGCGGGAAGCCUGACGCAACCAUGGAGGUCGGUGUCGCCGGGGCCGGCGCCGCGCAGAGCAUCAAGGUCAUCGGCGUCGGGGAGCAGGGUGCUGUACCUACUGCACAGGUUGGCCAGACAGGCGAGCGUGCCCCUGAUAGCGAGGACGCAGAUCCCGACACCAUGGCCGCCAAGGUCGGCAGGAUCGUUGACAGGAUCGAGGAGCAGGUCGCCCAGAUGGACCGACUUGGCCAGCAACCGGCGGCUGGGGUAGGCAACGAGGCUGAGGGCCUCGAGCCGGCCGCUGGUGGGGACGCGGUUUUUGCCCAGGAAGCUGCCGCGCGGGUUCGGGACGAGCUGUAG